UUCCCGUCUCUCGCUCUCUCGGAAAUUGUUGAUAAUAGUAGAGUUGGCGGCCUGGUGGCUCACCCUCCACUCCUGGCCUGGCGCUGGCUGUGGCGGGUGUUGCUGAGGCGGGUCCUGCUGUGGCGGGUGUUGCUGAGGCGGGUCCUGCUGUGGCGGGUGUUGCUGAGGCGGGUCCUGCUGUGGCGGGUGUUGCUGAGGCGGGUCCUGCUGUGGCGGGUGUUGCUGAGGCGGGUCCUGCUGUGGCGGGUGUUGCUGAGGCGUCUGCUGUGGCGGGUGUUGCUGGGGCGUCUGCUGUGGUGCCAUCUGACCACACACCACACACCGCACAUCCCACCAACCUCGCCACAACUCACCAAGGCGGCCAGUGUAUCGCCUACAGGAGCCACCAACCUCACUUACCCCGCCCCUACGCAAGGCACAGCGCCAGCCGUCACCCCACACCAACAAUGGCUGCGUCUCCUCCUCCACUCAACCACCCUCCCUCAGCGUGGCCACCGUCACUCUCCCUCACACUAGUGCUCUUGUUGGCCUGCUCCUGGCAGGUGACGUCACUCCAGAGGCAGACCUUCGACGGCCUGACGUCACCGUCUCAUCUCCGACACGUUUGGCGGGCUGGCCGCCAGACCUUCCUGGCGGAGGGUGGAGCCACCGCGGGAGACUUCACCGUGCUGGUGGAGGGUGAGGACCUCGCGGAGGACUGGACGACGACGGUGUUGUCAGGGAUGUCAGCGCAACACGACGUCUUGCGAGACGGGAGUACGUCGACGGAGGAGCCCUUGACGGACGGCAGACGGAGACGGUCAGCGGCAGGAGGAGAGGAGCCUGUAAACUUCACCGUCGCAGUGUCCAGGAUGAAGGAGACCGCUACUGGACCACUACAGGUAUCGCAGGACGAUCUAGACUCGUAUACAGCUCGUGGAUCAAGUCAUCUGUUGUGGAAGGACGAGGCGCAUCCCUUGACCGACCCUGACAUGCUCCCGUGGCCCGGCCAUCCGUCAAGUAGGGAUGAGUAUGGGGUGCACAAUAAACUAGCAGCCUCCGGCGACAAUAAUACAAAAUCUUCCCUGACGCAGGGUCGCCGGGGAGUGCUGCAGGGGCCUCUCUGGACGGACAAGCGGACGCUCUUCGUGGAGCUGGUGGUGAUGGCGGACCGCGAGAUGUACCGUCACUACCGCACCGUCCCCGCCGUCAAGGACCGCGUCAGGAAGGUCGUCAACGCCGCCAAUGCCUUCAUGAACCGUGUAGGGGUGGUGGUGGUGCUGGUGGACAUACGGGUGUGGCGAGACAGGAAUGAGAUCGACAUCAAUGAAAGAAAAAGUGUCAACGCCAUCCUGGAGGAAAUGAGGAAAUACCGAAAGAAACUGCUGAAGGAGGAACCCAAUCGGCCCAACGACAACAUGGUCCUCAUGACGAAGGUUAUCGUGGAGAAAAACAAUGCAGGGAAGGCGCUCACUAAGGGAAUGUGCAACGCUGACCAGUCGGUGAGUGUGGUCCAGGAUGUGGACAACGAGGCGGGACUGGUGGGCCACAUUCUGGCCCACGAGAUGGGCCACAACCUGGGCAUGUACCACGACGAGGAGGGUGUGGCCCGGCUGGGCCACACCUGCGACUUCCCUACCCCCACCUGCAUCAUGCACGGCGCCGUCAGCGAGCUGUACGACCCGACACUGCCCUGGAGCUCCUGUAGUAGGGAGUACAUUGACAAGAGGCUGGAGACGACGGCCUUAGACUGCCUCAAGAACCUGCCGACGGACGUGUACUCGGCGGGCAGCAGCUGCGGCGACGGGGUGGUGGACGUGGGGGCGGGAGAGCAGUGCGACUGCGGGCCGCCAGAGUUCUGCGACAACCCCUGCUGCGUCGCCAGCCAGUGCAAGCUCGCCGCCAACGCCUCCUGCGCCUCGGGCUCCUGCUGUGACACGCAGGUGUGUCAGCCCAAGAAGGUAGGGUCAGUGUGUCGCGAGGCCAUAGCUGACUGUGACCUGACGGAGUACUGCUCGGGCCACUCCGAGUACUGCCCCACGGACGUUGUCAAGGCUGACGGAGCCCCCUGCAGGGGAGGCAAGGGCCACUGUUACCAGGGGGAGUGUGGGAGCCACGAGGGGCGGUGUGAGCAUGUGUGGGGCCCCUACGCCAGGGUGGCGGCCUCCAGGUGCUUCACGGAGCUCAACACGAAGGCAGAGCGCCAGGGCAACUGUGGUAUGCACGCGACCUACGACCAGUACCUCGCCUGCCCCGACAGCUCGGUGAUGUGCGGGACGCUACACUGUGUACCCUACUCCCUCCACACCUCCCGGUUCCACCAGCAGCACCACAACGACAGUGUCCAGCUGGGCCACGACACCUGUCACUACAUCGAGGCUACCGAGUACUACCCCAGCAGGGACUGGCUCUCCCCCGACGGCGCCUCUUGCGGCCAGGGCAAGAUGUGUGUCCAGCAGAGGUGUCAGGAGAUCACCGUCCCAGAGGGCGACUGUCGGGACGGGUGUUCGGGUCGCGGGGUGUGCAACAGCGCCGGCCACUGCCACUGUCAGCCAGGCUUCGCUCCUCCAGACUGCUCCCGGGCCGGCCUGGGCGGGUCGCUGGAGAGCGGCCACAUGCAGGAUGUGUCAGAUAACAGCGCAGCGAUCACGGUAGCGUGGGUGGUGGUGGUGCUCCUGGCGCUGCUGUUCUUCGUGCUCUGCUGCUGCUGGGGCAACGUCAGGCGGUGGUGGGAGCGUCGAGGUCGUGCACGCCUCUCCCCGCUCCUCCCCUGCUGCGCCUCCUGCCUCGACGCCUGCUGCUGCCCCCUCAUGCACAAGACCACCCGCUGGAUCAUCACCGUCGGGUCACCAGGCAACAAAAACAGCUUCGUCCAGAGGAUUCGAACUGAGGAUAUUAAGGAAGGAGAGGACCAGAAUAUGGUCUGUUCAGUCGACGUCGAUAUCAAGGGCAGCGCCACCACCAAGUCGUGGGGCGUCGCCGACGAGAAGCUGGUCACCGACGUCGUCACCAUCACGCCCAGGAACUCCCCGGACUUACGAAGGAAAGUCCAAUUGCCCUCACACUCGCCCGUUCUCCAUCGCAAGUCCAUGGAUGUCCUCGACCGACCGAAGUACCAGCAGUCUAUUUCGGUGGACUCUGGCUGCGUGUCUGACUCAGACGAGGGCGUCGCCAGCCACCACUCUAUCCAUAUGUCUAUGACUAGUCUUAUCAGUGUUUUCAAGAAUUUCGGCACUAAACCUUCUAAGCCCGAGAAUGAUAACAGAAAGUCAAGAGCAUUUGGAAGCCAGAAGUCGAUGCCUUUGAGUCGGUUAGUUGUGGACCCUCUGGUAGGGAAUCGGAGAUCGAGGCAAGGCACGCCGCCCCCAGAGAGCCUAAGGCCUGGCUUCCAACGUUCUGUCUCUACGGAUGUUACCGUGGCCUCCAGAGGGAGGCUAGCGGGGGCUCCGCUACCUCCGCCCGCCAAGCUCAAGCCUCACAAGAGUGACGAAAAUUUAAUCAGUGACUCAAAGGUGAAAAACAGUCCUUUCAUCCAGUUCAAGAAAAAAGCUGAUCCGAACAAAGAUGAGAAAGUGAACGUUGAAGCAGCCAUGAACGGUGGAACUAUCACCAACGGCAACACAACGUUAACCUCUCAGCCUCCUAAGAGACCGAUAAUGCCAUUCCGUAAGUCUCUCAGUUCGGGGAAAGUCUCUCCUCCGAGAGACCCGCCACCUCUUCCCAUACUGAAGGAGGUGCCCCUCGCGGGCUCCUCGAAGACAGACGUCACACCCACACACACCAAAGGCACAAAGAGCAAUGUUGCAAUAUCAAAAACUAAACCCAGCGCCGUCAACGGAAACGCGAGCCAGAGAAAGAAUGUGAUGGACAUCGCUCGUAAGUUUGAAGCUGCAUGAAAAUGUGUGUGAACACCAUUUAGAAUAGGACUCAAUCCUCAAUUUUCUGUUCAGUUUGAAAGAGUCUGAUAACAUUUUCUAGUCAUUACAUCCUUACGCAAAUAAUUCCAAAGACAUAUGUUGAGGACUGAGUAGUGAUCCUUGUGUGGUGAUCCUUGUGUGGUGAUCCUUGUGUGGUGAUCCUUGUGUGGUGAUGCUCGAGUCAUGGGCGUGAUCUCCGUCGCUUCAUCCUUACUCAGAGGACGACGGAAGAAUUUGAAUUAAGAUUCAAGUUAAUUGUCUUCUUGAACAUUAUCCAAAUGCUGGUGAAUCAGCCGGCUAUUCCGCCCCCUUUUAACAACCUGUCCCGAGGUUGUUAAAGCUCGUCUGUCCUCAGGUUGUUAGGCCAGAGCUCGUCCAAGCUCUGGCCGACCCCUCAAAAGACGCAUUCGUCGCUUUUAUUGUUAUGCUUAUUCAAAAUCAGUAAUUUUCUCAUAUAUUUAAUGUCAUUAUAUAUAUUAUAAUUUUGUGUAUAGUUAAGUCUCGUUUAUGUUAGGUUAGGUCUAGGUUAGGUCAGGUCUAGGUUAGGUCUAGUUAGGUUAGGUUAGGUUAGGUCUAAGUUAAGUUUGGUUUUUUAUUUACGUUCGGUUGGCAUAUGUUUGUAUUUGCAGUACGUGGGUAAAGAAUGUGAAAAGUUCAAUUCAAAGAGAGAACGUGAGCGAAGCAUUGUGGGAAAAUUAUUAUUGUUUGUUUAAUUAAUAUAGAGUGGACUAUAUGAAGAAUUAUAUUUUGUUUAGUUUUCGCACAAAUUAAAUCGGGUUAGUUAAAUUUAAUUAAUUAAUUAAUUAAUAUAUAGACCGACCAGCUUGUUGUUGAGCCGAGGCUCAGAUUUUGAUUUAGAUAUUACAUGUAUUACCCUGGAUAAA